UAAGGCUCUCUGUCAGUACCUCAUCAGGUGAGUCAUUUAAUAGCCUAAUGGUUAGCAGAAUGGUGAAGUGAGAUUAAAAUAGGGAAAUCAGCUGUAUAGCCCCACCCUCUUGACUGCUCAAGUGUGAGAGCAACAUGGAUGGACUUUAUUCCUUUGCAAAAAUUUUAUCAUUAAAGCUCCAAAUAACUUGCUUUUUCAGAAUAGUUUAUAUUCUUGCUUUUGGCUCUAUUGUAAAUUACCAAAAUGGUGAACAAAGCUAAAAGACUUCACACCUUUUAAGAUCUUUGGCCAAGAGCUAAGUUUGAAUCUGUAUAGAUUGUAGUUUUCAGGCUCUUGGGGCACUUAACUGUAGUUACACUGGGAAUCAUGAAUGUCUUAAUGAUAAUUCAGGGAACUCUAGGGGACUUCAAACUGGAGGGUCUAUAAAUAUUCAAACAAAAUCCCGUCGAAGUUAAUGUUUAACCAAGAGGAAGCACCAUAACCAAAAGCACAGUGACUGUUGUACAAGUCAUCUUAUUUGGUCAACAUGGUUUUUCAUUGCUAGAAAGGUCAUGGGAAGAGGAGGUGUUGUUUCAGAUUUAACUUUGGCUCACCAACCUUUCUAAUACUUCAUUUCAGUAAUGACUAGAAAUAGGUCUGGAUGUCUUCCCAGAGAGUCUGGUAUAUGUUCCUUUUUGUCAGGAGAGGAGAGGUCUUCAUGAGGCUUCAUUUAAAUUCUGAUUAUUAAACUGAGGCUUUAAUUGGUGUCAAUGCCUUAUCUCUAAAAUGUAAAACUAGAAUUUGCUUGGGGUAGGGGAUGGGGAAGUGGUAUUUUUAGGACUAAUACAUUGAAAACUGAUUUCAGUCUCUCCAGUGACUCAAACGGUUUUCAAUAGCAUGGUUAGUCAAAUUCAUUAUGACUUUUAACUUAUAAGAAGCUUUUGGGGUAGGUUGGAGUAUUUAUUACAUAUUUUACUGUUUAAUGUCUAACGGCCUUUUAAUUUGUAAACAUUUAUUGAAAUGAUUGUGGGGCUGUGGAAAACAUUUACCUAUUUACCUUUGAAGUAAGUUUUAAGACAGUCCACUUUUUAGCAUGUGUGUUGUGUCCAGCCUGUGGUUGUCUGAACUAAUAAAUGUGAUUUUUCUCCCCAUUCUCGCUUUUAUUUAUUUGUGUAUAGGCCUCUUCCCUGGUGUGUAUUUCCUGAUUGGAAAACACGAUAAUAGAGCCCAGCUUUUAAUAGAACUUAGAGUUUUUUUAACAAAAUUGUUCUCUGGCAAAAUGGUCUUAAAGGGGUUUUUGUUUUUGUUUUUGUUUUGUUUUACAAACUCCUGCACACGUGCUUGUGUAGCCUGUCCUGCAACAUGUUACACUUAAUUAACAGUAGUUAAAAUUGAUGAAUGUCCUCCAUAAACUGCUUGUUGGUAGAUGAAUAGAAUCUAGUAGCUUGUAUCUGCAUUAAUUUUUCAAGGUUACCCUAACCACUUUUAAGGGGAGCUAGGAGUAGGAAUCAUGGGCUUUUCCUCUGGGGUGUGCCAUUUUCCACUAAUUGGGCAGUUCUGAGGGUUGAGUGUCAAUGAAAAUUUGUGCGGUCACAAGUGCCUGCUUAGGUAAUCCUGGAUCUGUCUUAAAACAGGUAAUCACAUUGUCAUGUAGAAGGGUUCUCUGGUAGGGAAAAUUGCCUUUAUAUUAGAGAUUAUUGACGUGCCUCCACAUUCACCUGGGCGGCUUGCUUAAAAUCUCUGGGUUCCUUUAUAAAAAUAUUCGGGGUAGGGGGGCGCGGUGGAAGCACUGCUGUAAAGCCCAUCCCUGUUUGCUGUCACACAGCCACAGCUCCAUCCCCAUUCCUGUAGGUAGGCAACAUGGCGGCAGCGUUUAUGAUGAGGUACAGCUAAGGCCUGGGUCUUUAAACCACCACAGAGGGCUAAGACUUUAGUGGGAACUGAUUGAUUUUCGCGAACACUUAAAUUUGAAAAAGUGUAUUUAAAUGAUUUGGGGAACGCUUAAGUAUUUUGAUGUGAUUUGCAAAAAAUUGAGAAGCAGAGCUGACUCCCAGUACAGCAUGACAGUGAAAAGGAGAAAUGACCUUCAACGGGUGCUAAAAUCCUAACAGAGGGGCCAAACUUAAUGGAGGCUAGAAACGGUACGAGGUCGGCUCUAGCAUUAACAACUGGGCGGGGCCCGCGACGGCUGCAGCCGGAACACGGUGACGGAACACGGUGACGCGCUUCCGUGGGUGUGGCCGGCCGCUCGCUUGGUCACUUCCGUCGCGCCUGCGCAGUUGCCUCCCGGGCGACUGUGGCAGUUUCCCGGCAUCAACCAGUUAGUGGAAGACUGUGUUGUUUAACUCCCGAGGGCGAUGCGUUCUGGCGCAGCAGUCAGGGCCUGCCAGAAAGUGUGCAGGUGCCUGUUGUCUGCCUUUGGAGGUCGAGUGGAUGGGGGGCAGCCCGAGCCGUUAAUGGAAGGGAGUAGUUCCUUCGGAGUGCCCGUGAGGUCGCACGCGGAGCUGCCUCGGGGGAGCGAGCCGAUCGAAGCCCCCGUGUCCAGUGAGGGGACCGAGGAGCUGGUAGAGAUCUGUCAGAGAAGGCAUUUCUUCAGUGGCAGCAAGCGGCAGCUUAGCCGACAAUCUCUUCUGAGCGGGUGCCACCCCGGCUUUGGCCCCUUGGGCAUUGAGUUGCGGAAGAACCUGGCAGCAGAAUGGUGGUCCUCGGUGGUGGUGUUCAGGGAGCAGGUCUUCCCGGUAGAUGCCCUCCAUCACGAGCCUGGCCCUACGCUACGUGGGGACAGUGCCUUCAGGUUAGUUUCAGCAGAAACUCUACGGGAGAUCUUGCAAGACAAAGAGCUGAGUAAGGAACAGCUAGUAGCAUUUCUUGAAAACUUAUUAAAAACUUCUGGGAAACUACGGGAGAACCUUCUUCACGGUGCUUUGGAGCACUAUGUUAAUUACCUGGAUCUGGUAAACAAGAGACUACCUUUUGGCCUUGCCCAGAUUGGAGUGUGUUUUCAUCCUGUUUCUGAUGCUAAGCAGACACCCGAUGGUGUUAAAAGAAUCGGUGAGAAGACUGAGGCUUCACUGGUUUGGUUUACUUCAGCAAGAACCGCAGGCCAGUGGCUUGAUUUCUGGUUACGUCAUCGACUCCUGUGGUGGAGAAAGUUUGCUAUGAGUCCGUCUAACUUCAGCAGCAGUGAUUGUCAGGACGAAGAGGGACGAAAAGGAAACCAACUUUAUUACAACUUCCCAUGGGGAAAGGAGCCAAUAGAAACCCUGUGGAAUCUAGGAGACCGUGAACUUUUACACACGUGUCCUGGAAAUGAGUCUCAAUUACACGGCCGAGAUGGACGAAAAAAUGUGGUUCCAUAUGUCUUAUCUGUUACUGGAAAUGUGGACCGAGGUGUGCUGGCUUACCUCUACGAUUCUUUCCAGCUCACAGAGAACUCCUUUCCAAGGAAAAAGAAUCUUCAUAGAAAGGUACUUAAACUUCACCCUUGUUUAGCUCCUGUUAAGGUUGCUUUGGAUGUGGGAAGAGGCCCAACGGUGGAAUUAAGACAGGUCUGUCAAGGGUUAUUUAAUGAAUUACUAGAAAAUGGAAUUUCUGUGUGGCCUGGUUAUAUGGAAACUGUGCAGUCCUCAUUGGAACAACUUUACUCAAAAUAUGAUGAAAUGAGUAUCCUGUUCACAGUUUUGAUUACUGAAGCUACUUUGGAGAAUGGGUUAAUACAUCUGAGAAGUAGAGACACCACAAUGAAGGAAAUGAUGCAUAUAUCCAAAGUAAAAGAUUUUUUGGUCAAGUAUAUAUCAUCAGCUAAGAAUGUAUAGAUUUUAAUAUUUGUGUAAUAAAUAUUCUCCUUUCCUAAUUUGAUUGUCUUAUGUUAGAUUCGUUUUAGCCUCUUUAUUCUUAUGAAGUGAACAUUUUUGGUGCUUUUUUAAUUCAGUUUUUAUUAUUUAUAUUUCUUAAUGGAUUCCAUUCUAUCAGAAAUGUGUUCAGCUACAAGAAACAAAAAUCCCACUGUAUUGGAUUAAGCAGAUUGUAAUUUGUUUUUCUCAUAACAAGAAGUCUUAGAGGGGUGGGCGUAGACUGUCCAGAGCUGGUAUAAUUGUUUCCUCUAUAGUUAGGGACCCAGGCUCUUGAUACCUUUCUGUUCUACCAUCUUGGGUAUGUUGGCUUUUAUUUUUAUACUUGCUGCUUUGUAGUCACAAGGUGGUUGCUAUAUUUCUAGCCUUCUUGUCCACAUUCUAGUUAGGAAGAAAAUCAAAGAGAUAAGAGUUAACUGGCCAAAACUCUUCCCUUCUUAACUGGGAAACUAAAAGCUUUCUCAGUCAUCCCAGUCAGAAGACGUGUUCACAUUUCAUUGGUCAGGACUGGGUCACCUGGUUAUCCCUAGGCCAGUUACUGCCUGAAGGAAUGAGAAUAUCAUGAUUUAUUUGGAUCAAACACAGCUUAUGCCUUAGGGCUUUGGUAGUGUCUUAACCCUUUCUGAAGUGGGUUUUCUUAUCAGGAAAGAUGGAGUCUUUUUAGAAUCUGCCACAUGUGUACUGUCAAAUAUUGAAGAUUAACCCAAAACUAAACUUUAAGAAAUUAGAACAUUUAUUGAUUUUUU